UUCCUAACUCCUUGUGUAAUGACUGAAGUAGCGGCGACAAAUCACGAGCGGGUGGGCGCGGGUUCGGGGCGAAGCCCUAUCUACUACUCGUACUUCGAGCAGCUGCCCGCAGACGCCAUGGCGGAUGACGAGAGAGACCACAGGUAUUACCUGAGCGAGGCCAAGCGACUCCGGCUGGCAGCCGAGAAGAUGGAACAGGAACCGCUUCCGCGAGUGAUGCUGUACCUGGAGUCCGUGCUGUGCUUCGUGCUGACCGGGCGCCUGCUGGAGCUGGAGUUGGACACCAAGCGCGCGUUCACCAUCUACCGCGAGACCAUCGAGUACAUCAAGUCCAUCCACUCCAUGCCGCAGCGGUUCCGCUCCGACGCCAGGAAGCGCGGCGGAGAGCCGCACUCCACCUUCAGCAAGCUGGACAUACUCAGUCUCCGCGUGCAGUCCCUACUGUACCUGCGCAUGUUCAAGAUGUAUAACGGUGAAGUGAGGGAGUACUACAAGAUUGUACAGGAGUAUCAACAGAAGCCGGCGUGCGCGGAGUCCCUGUCUCCCACCCCGUCCCCCGCGGGCUCCGGGUCGGCGGGCUCCGUGGGGUCUGCCUCGGGCACGUCGGGCACGUCCAGCGGGUACUGCUCGUUGGCACACGCCGUGCCGGCGCAGGCGCACCACGCGCUGCUGCAGCUGACGCGCUACUACACCUUCCUGUACGUGGCGCACGACCUGUGGGAGCAGGCCGACUCGCUGUGCCGCCUGCGGGCCAACCAAGAUUUGUUCAUAGCAGUUGAUCGUAAAUGCGGACCCCUCACUCUGUUCUCAACGUUCCGGCAUCUUGUACAGUACGUGCGAUACGCUAUCUCACUUCUCAAAACUGUAAAGAAAGAAUGACUAAUACAGAACAAACAAUGAACAACCGAGAUCAAGACGAGACUCACGUGACCCGAUAUAUAAUGUUGGCCUUGGAAGAGCAUAUCGAUGUAUACUACGCAAUAAGGUGUGAAUUAACAUAUUAUGAACUUGGAAUUGCCGGAUAUAUUUGUGGACCAACACAUAGGCGAUGUCGUAGAACAAUGUACAAAUGCUGAGCAAUAAUGUAUGUCCUGCUAUUGGGAUCAUUGAUGUCCAUAGUUUUUAAGCUCAUUUAUUAUCAUAUCCAGCAUUUUUGAAUAAGCAUUACCCACUUAAAAAAUUUAUUGAAAAUUUUACAAGGAAAAAGGAUUUAUCAACGUAAAACAUUAAUUAUUCGAAGAAAACAUUCCAUGUUUUGGCAAUUAAAAUUGUAAGUUAAAAUAAUGCAGCAGACAGAACAGUCCACUUGAAGACGUGUUCAGAAUAUAAAACUUGUUCCGAUAUUUUGUUUCUUGAUUAUCGUUUACACAUAAAGUUUAUACUUUAAACUCACAAAAAGCCAAUACGCAUAUAAUUCGCUGAGAUGCUCGCUUCAGUAAAUAUUAAGAACACAUCUUCAUAUGUCUACAAAUGUUAGGUAUGUGGAAGUUUGAUUUCCAUGUUAACUGAGUAUAGUCGAGCGAGGUUUAUUAUAUUUUUGAAGCACCAUAUUUUAAAUAUUUAUUUUAAAUUAUAAAUUUCUCAGUAAUGAAUAAAUCUAUAAGUUUUUAAUCAAUAUAUCUGUUUGAUACUCUGUGUGUCUUAGUUAAUUCUCCUUCAAUUCUAAUUUAUUUAAUUAUUCUGAUAUUUAUGACUGAAACCGAGCUUGACCAUACCAAUGUCACUUUGACAGAUACUUAUUACCACACAUAACAGAUCGACAACAGAGCAAUAAGUAUUUUAUUGCAAAAAAGUAAUAAUAAACUUAAAAUCUUUAAAGUAUUUUAGCAACAAAAUGAAUGUGGGAUUUGUAUUUCGUGAAAAAAUAUUUAGGAUUAAUGCAGUAUGGUACUUUGUCAUGUUUUAUUAAUAAUAUGAUUAAUUCAUUAAUACGAACAAUAUGGAAUUGUUUUUUAAAAUCAAAUAUGUAAUUAAGUGAAAUUGUUAAUAAUAUGUUUUCAUUUCAUAGAGAUUAUUUGAUCAAUUUCUAGAUAUCUUAGCUAUAAAUAAUACCUUAAAAAUUAUCAAAAAUACUGUGAACAAAAUCUUACUAUGUUUUCAUAACAAUAACAAAAAUCCAAAUUACUUCUUUACUUUGUUUAUUUACAAUGGCUUUCAACAAAUUCAUAAAAUCAAUGAAAUUGUUUUUUAUUUGGACUUAAUAAAGUGUGUCGCGUCUGCUAGUACAUACUAUAAUAAUAGAUCAAUUAAAUUAAAAUGUUUUGUCAUAUGAAAUAAUUAACUAUGUAAUAUGAAAGUGAUAGUUGUAACGUCAUAAUAUUCAAUGAAAACUGCCUUUAAAAUUAUCUCAUUAGUAUUAAUUUGAUGUUUAAUAUUACAAAAGUUUUAUUAUAUACACACACAUAUAUAUAUAUAUACAUAUACACCAAUCAAGCUUUUUAUGAAAUUUCAAUGACUACUGUAAUUAUUGUGAUUAAGUUUACUUGGAAGUCUGUGGUUACAAUUUGAGCCUAAAAAAGUGCGCGCAGACAAACCAAUGUUCAAGGGUUGUAUGUCGAUCGUUGAUUGUUCUUUAUAUGGGAUUGUUAGAAAGAUAGCAAUUAUCACAUAAACUUCGUUUUAAAGGGAUUAAAAUGCGUAUUAAACUAUAAUAAUAACAACGUAAACUUGAUUAUAGAUUUUUAACAAUAUUUGGCAUGCAUUACAGAUUUACAGCCUACUUGGUCACGGAUGACUCGCAAAUGAGAUUAAUUUAAAUUGGUGUCAAACUUAUAAUGUAAAGUAGUAUUAAAACGCGUUUUAAUUCAUUUUAAAUUAUUAUAUAUGCAGAUAGUAUCUACCAGAACAUUAAAUUGACCGACAUUCUAUUGUUGUAGAAUUAAUAAAAGUUUUCAAAUAGAAUCAGAAUUGGUUCAUGUCGAUGGCUGCAUCGAACCGACGUAACGCUUAUUACAACUCGCCUUGAAUGUUCAAAUUUUAAUAACGGAGAGUACAAUUUGUUCUAAAAACUGCAAAUAAACCGACGAUGAUGCCGGUGGAGAGAAUCUGUAACACCAUUUUAUAUUUGUCUCGGUUGUUUAUUAGAAUUAAGUUGUGAUUGUAAAUAUAUUAUACUAUUACUAUACAUUUUAUAAUAAAUAUACAUGUUAGUGCCAGAUAGGUUUUGUAUGAAUGUUUAUAGUAAGGUAGGCGCGGACGUGUCGAAAAAUAUAUUGGAUUCGGUGCCGCGAACGACAGCGAACGAUAGCGAACAUUCGGGCCUACCACCCCGAUGAAAUAACGUCGAUCAAUUGCGCUCGGACGCAGUGCCACAAAUAUUCCAUAUUUUUAAAAGUUUCUAUACAACAUGGCGUCUCAAUAAGUUCGCAUACGCAGGUGCGUGCGCGGUGCGACAUUAUAAACCAGAACGCGGUUGUUAUAAAGGCAGAUGCCUUGUAAAUAAUUUAGUUUAAGAAAUCUGUAGCUUUCAUUCUAUAUUUUAAUUUAUAUGUAUAGCUAAGCGGACAAGGAAAUAGGAUAAUUAUCGAAGUAAGGAACAACUGGAGUGAGUGAUCGCGACGUAUGACGCUGUGAGGAGAGCUUGCAGCGAGUUAGUUUAAGUUAGUUUAGUGGUGGGAGGUGGGAGGUGGCCCUCCAGGUACCUGCUAGUGGCUGACCACUGCUGCGGCUGUUCACACGGUCUGUUGUACGCAAUACACAACUUGUUGUACAGACAAUCACCUGAAGUGAGCAAUGUGUUGCCACUUCCAGGUUUUGCCUUAUAUCACGGUUAAGUCAUCAUUAGUUAAAUUUUGUGUCAAUAUUUUUCAGAAUAUUUCAAAUUAGAUAUCAGAGUUAAAUAACAUUGAAUGAUGUUAUAGUUUAUAUAAUAUAUUAUAUUACAUGCUCUCACAACAACCGAAGUGUUCAGUUCAAUGGUUCGUGUCUAGUGUCGAACACCGACCAACACAAACCAACACCGCCGUGUGUCAAACAAUAGUUAUUGUCAACAUGAGACCAAUAAGAACAGUUCGAGUUAUGUGAUGCUCCCUCGGAUAUCGUGUCUAUCCCUAUUUAUAAAUUAUCAUAUAUAAUAUUAUAUAUCUUAUGAUUAAUAACGUUCAAUAUAAGCUUUUGUCAUUUCAAAUAAUAUAACAAUGAUAUCGCUGUGGCGCUAAAACAUUAUAAAUAAAUAAUUAAAAUCUUGGAAUGGUCUGCAUCAUAUGACACUCACUAAACAUAGUUUGUGUAUUGCGUGUGAGCAGACGCCAGUAUCACAAUAUAUAUAGAUAGAUGUAUGUUGGCAACCUCGCGCGCUCGGCCGCGAACCUUUAUUAAUUUUUAUUUUAUACAAAAUCGGUACUUACUAAUGCACAAAUUAUUUAUAAUUAUUUUAUUUGUUAUUUAUUGUGACAUUGUGUUAUUUAUUGAACGGCGCAGUUAGCGAUGUUUACUUAACCAUAAUCUAGGACGCUAGGACGUGACCCAGUUUAGCCGCUAGGACGUGACUCAGUUUGGCCACUAGGACGUGACCCAGUUAGCCGCUAGGACGUGACCCAGUUUGGCCACUAGGACGUGACCCAGUUGGCCGCUAGGACGUGACCCAGUUCGGCCACUAGGACGUGACCCAGUUGGCCGCUAGGACGUGACCCAGUUGGCGGCUAGGACGUGACCCAGUUGGCGGCUAGGUCGGACAACAACUAGGUUGCGUGCCCGCUACGACGAGCUAAAACUCUAGGUCCACUAGGUCUAGAUCUGCGUUGCCAAAUAAGAAGUGCCUUGCAACAGACCGGUGUGUUUGUUAUUAAUUAAUAUUGGUGAUUUCUUUAAAAAUUUUAUUUAGUAUCAUUCGUUUUGAAACUCGCAUUUAAGAACUUUUUUUAUUUUUUGUUUGUUAAUGUGUUAAUUACGUUUUAAAUUCCAGAUCCGUUUGUCUGUUGCUUAUUGUUUCAAUAACUUAUGUUUUAGUCCAAUUGUGGGCCGCGAAGGGGUAAUUUCGUUAGUGUAACUUAUCAGAAUUAUAUUUUGUAUGUAAUUAGUUACCUUUUCUCAAGCCCCGUGUGCGAGAAGGUUCAUCGGCUCGUAGAAUAAUCUCAACUUCAGAAUCCCUAAAAUUGAGACCAAAUUAUUAUCAAUUUAUUAAGUGGAGCAGGACGAGUUUUAGUGAAAUUGUAAAAAUAAUGUUUUUUAUUAUCCUUUCAUAUUUAGUAGAAUCUUGUGUUGAUAGCGUGUAUAAUUUGUUUUCUUUUUAUAUUUGAGUUAAGUAAAUAUGUAUAAAUUUGUUUUCAUUUAAUUUUAUUAUUUGUGUAACCUAUGUUAUUGAUUAUAGAAUACAUUAAUUUUUAUGUAUAUAUUAUUUUCGUUUAUUUUCCUUUCCUUAUACGAGAUGUCAAUUUUAUUUGGGAGGACAUGAGAACACCACACUUAAAACGCUUUAAUAAUUAUUAAUCAAAAGUAUUUGUCAAUUUGUUUAAUAACACCAAAGAUACUCAAUUUAGAGAAUCGAACGUAGAAAGAUAAUGUAAACGCAAUAUAGUUAUAGAAGCAAACCACAUAUGCCUUAUAGCAGUGUUUUUCAUAUCUGCAGUUAUUAGAGUUAAUGUUAUUCAAUGCCGUAGGUACUGUUAAGGGAUACCUACAUUGUUGAAGUUACCAAAGCCGGACAGAUUAAUCAAAACAUCCUAAUACUAUUUUUACUUCUUCAUAAACAGCAGUUACCUAUAUAUAAUCUACAACAUAAAGAUUACGUUAUAAAUAUACACUCUUUUGUGAAAAAAAACGGACAUCUAAGAAAAUAACCUGAUUCACUGGCAUCUUUAUGAUUAUUUCAUAAUUGUAAGUAGUAAGUGGUAUGAUGAUGAUACAACAUCACAAUACUUAAGAUAAAUAAGCAAAAAGUAUUUUCUGUGUAAUAUAUACUGGCAGCGAGAAGCCUUCUCCUUACAGUCGAUAAGCUGGUUUGCACACCUCGCACUUCGUAUAGUCUUUUUGAGGUCGACAUAAGACGAUUUGUGAUUUCUUAAUAACUAGUCCGCCAGGAAGCGGUCAUUUCGAGCUUCUGUGCAUGGUAGUCCUCCAAACCCAGGCCUUCUACUGACGGAACCAGUCUCGACGAUUCCCGCCACGACACGCAAUUAAAUGCUAAAGAGUAUGUAAAUACUACAAAAUAAGACGCUUAAGUAAAAACUGAAAUUUAGUUUAGUAUGAAAGAAAAUAGUAGUAAUUAGAGGUAUCGCGAUUGGCGACUACGUAGAUAUAAUCCUGCUGUUUUUAAAGUGAACAGUUGCUUAAGACGUAGUAGAUUUUGGCUUCCUCGGUUUUUUACAAGAUUAUAGCCGUAAUCUGUCAAUCCAUCAAUGACUGCACGUUUCAUACAAUCGAGUGAAUCCUUAGAUUGAAGAUGAACAAUUGAUGCAUCACUAAAAUUGUGAACAAUAAUAAUGUGAGAGAGACACAUAAAUUAGAUUGGUGUUGAGAGUAAGCGAGAUACUCUACAAUAUCUACUAUCCCUUUCGCGUAUGCGAUUUUUUUUUUGGCCCGGUUCAUCGGCUCUCAACAAUCAAUAGCUGCCGUGGUUCAAAACUAUAACUAAGCACACGUCACAGACUAUUGCUAUCUCAAUUCCAUACCCUGACAGCGAAUCUAGUGUUCAUCUUCUAUUUAGGUACGAGUGAAUCGCUUUUUUCUUAGUGAGUUUCGCUAGGCUGUCCGACAAUGUGUUAAAUUUGAAUUUGGAAUAAACUUUUAUGCAUCACCACACUUCAUAAAUUUGCCAGUAAUAUUCUCAAAUGAUUAUAACCUCUUUUGGUAUUGUAUUUUCUAAAGGGACGGAAAAAAUUAAAACCGCCCGUUUUUUUGCAAAUGAGUUUAUUUAUUAUCCGUGCGCGAUCGAAAUGGGAAAUAUAGAAUAGAGACGCGGGGUCCGACGACGACAAGCGAGGGGAUGACGAUGUGUUUGUAUAGAGUUUAGUAAUGCGAACGUUAAAGCGGCUUAUGUUUAAUUAUACUUAAUAUAUAUAUAUAUAUAUAUAUAUACAUUACAAAGUUUUACAUUACAUUUAUUAAAAUUGACCUUGGAGUUCAUUGGAAAUUUCUUGUUUCUUUAAUAUGGAGUUUACGAAUACCGCAGAACUUCAAAUGUUUUGAUAAUUCAGUAAGUAAAAUAUUGUUAUAUUUAAAAAAAUAAUAAAAAAUUUAAACGUAUUUGGGCACCACGGCUGUCAUUGUUUGUCAUACUCUUCACAGGUUUAAUGUUGGAAAAUAUUAUAACUUAGUUAUGCAUCGCCGCAAAUGUUCCAAGUGUAGCAAGUGCAAGUGGCGCCAGCUUAACUUAACUUAACUUAUACGGCCUUACUAAUAAACUUGGUAUAAAGUUAUAACUGAUGAUAAACAAAGAAAAUGCAAAAUGUUUACAAUAUCAUUGACAACACUGUCAAUACAAUGAUAAUUCUGAAGUUUUCCGAAUGACAAGCUGCCUUGCAAAUAAACGCGGGAAACGUAAUACGUCCGAAUAAACAAUUCGUAAGCAAAAUAUCUAUUUGUAAACAUUUUCCAUAUUCUUUGUUUAUGCUUAGUUAUAACUUUAUGCCAAUUUUAUUUGUAAGGCCGAUAUAUUGUAACGAUUGGCUCGAUUACUAUCUUUCUUGAAUUAAUUUGACAAGGUUUCAUAGCAUUCAGAUUGCGCGCGAAUUAUAUUUGACUGCUAUGGCCGUAUUGUGUGUGAUAUUUUAUAGUCAAAACUCGGAAAUAAACAAGAAUAUUUCAACGAGGAUACGAGGCAGAUAUUCGAAUGAAUGAGAAUUAGAUAUAUCGGACCAGCUUUAACAAUUUAUCGGUACAGUAUCAAAACAAUUUUAGCAAUAUGAAACAACGGCGUAGAAUAUAUUUAGAAUAAUAAUAUUCUAUAGAACUCGGAUCGCUGCAAGCUCUAACAUUAUUAUUUCUGUGUUUGUCAUACACGAUUAACCCAACAAACACAUCAUUAAAAAGAUAGCUUAUAAUAUACUAUCUAUGAAUAUAAAUAUGUUGCUGGAUUCUAUCGGUAGGUAGCUAUGUAAAAAAUAUUUUUUCAAACUUUUGCAAUAAUCUUCAAUUUAUCUCUCUGAUGACAGAAUUUUAACAAUUAAAAAUGCAAGAUUCGGAAUCUGCUUACUUCAUAAUUAUAAUUCUAUUUUGAGCCAGUAUAAAUCCUGUAAAAAUAGUAAAUGAUAGAACAUGAGGAAGAAUCUGGUUUGUGGCCUACGUUCAGGUGACAGGCCGCAGGCGUUAGGCGCCUCAGGUGAACCAGAUAUUGUGCUCUGAGGGAUAUGACAAGUAUUUAAACUUCUCUAUUUCCGUUUCAACAUUCACAACAUGAACUUUAUGAUAAAGAAAAUUAUGAAGGAACUAUUGAGGCUAAACACCAAAUGAAAACCUACGUAUUAUCUUUUCUUUUUACAAAUCAAAAUGCCUCUUGCUGCCAGCUAAAAUAGUCACUUCUUAAAAAGGUGUAACAUAAUGAAACUUCUUUGCUGUUAUCUUAAUUUUUUGGUUCAACGCGCUGUUAACGAUUGUCAUUCGAAGUCUGAACGUACCCUUAAGCUUCCGUUUCACGUGAAAAUAACAGUGUGGCAAAAAAUAAAUUUGGGCAGCGGCAUUUGUAAGAUUUUCACUGAAAAAAUUUUGAAAAUGAUAUAUUCAACGUUAUAUUGAUCAAGUAAGAUUAAUACAAAUAUGGCAUUGGUCAUGAACAGUAGGUACCUAUCUACUCGUUACGGAGGCGCAAAAUAGUAGCUUGAAAUUUAGUCGUAAGCUAAAAUUACGCAAAACGCUUUGUAUACGAUAGAUAAGCUAUAAUCAUAUUAUGUACAUACCUACUAUGUAUAUACAAACACUAAGUGAAGACAAACCAUCGAGGAUUGCGUGAGACAAAUAACAUAAUAUAAUAUAUACAUUAUGUAUUAAGAACUUUAUCAGAUCCUAGCAUGCUUUUCAAAAGUACAUACGCACACAUUUAUGUAAAACGAAACAUACCUAAGUAUUAAUUAUUAACAUGGACCUUCAACAACAAUUUAAAACUACUAAUACCUUGGUACUCACAAAUAGAAUAAUAUAACGAGGUAAGAUUCAUUAAGCCAAUUAAUUAUUAUUUUCCUUUACUGAACAUUUUUUUGCAUUAAUAUAGAAUAAAUAAAUAUACAUAUAAUUUUAUAUAACGACAAAUGAAUUUGUCGACUACCAUUUUUAUACGUAGAUAUAUUACUAAUUUAGUAUAAUACUUUUAGCAGUGAGAUGUAUGAAAGUAAUGUACUAUCAUGAUUGAAUAUACUAUUGAUAGGAAAUAAUAUUACACGUCAUGUAAGAAUGUAAUUAUUGUUAUUAAAAUAUUUUUACAGUGAUUUCAGUGUUAGUUGUAAAUCGAAUGUAUUGAUAUAAAUGUACCUUAUUUAAAGUUUUAUGUGUCGAAGUAAAUUAAAGUUUUAAAUUCGUAGAACAAGCUAGUGAGUCCUCAUAUCACGAGGAGACGAAGCCGUUUAUUUUAGAUUUAAUAAAGUUCAAAAAUAUUCAAAUUGUGCCUUAGUGAGAAACUGUAACAUGAUUUUAUUUGGUAUUUUUACGAACGUAAUACCGUUCGAUGCGAUGAAUUUUUUUUCAAAUAUAUAUAUACAUAUAUAUACAGCAGCUGUUUGCAUUUUCUAAAGUGAUUUAUGCUCCGAUACAGAUGCUCAUGAGUUCAUCGACUCAUAGAGCAGAACAGUGGUGGGAAAGUACUUAGUCUACGUGUGUCUAUCGACCGAAAAGCUGAAAGAUUUCGGUGGAAUGUGUAUCUAUCUAUUAUCUAUGCGCAAUUGGCGAAGCAUGGCAAUAAUCCACAAAGAACCCCUUCUUCUCAUUUAUAGUUAUAAUAUGCAAUAAUAUUAAUAUUUUGUUAACUGAAUCUUGUAUCUGAUUAUUUACAAUAUAUUGUACGUAGUGGCGUAUGUUUAUGUCGUAGCAAUAAUUUAAGAGUGGCAAUAAGGUCUAGUGAAUUUGCUUUUGUGUCUUUGAAUAAAUGUAAUAAUAAGAUAUGUAUAUUGUACUUUUCUGAUCAUUAGAUUACCGGCUGUAAACUGCUUAUAAACUAAGUUUGAUUAUUUAAUGUUAAUUCCGUGAUUGAAUAAGUAGAGAAUUUUUAAUAUUUCGAUGUUUGUGUCCGUUUUGUUUAACGCUGAUGUGUAGUUACUAUUGCUAUCUGACCAAAUUCGCUUGUAAUGCUGGGUCCAAACUGUGGGGUUAUUUGAAGUUAUGCAUCAUACGGAUGUUUCUUUGUGUUUAUUUGGAUUAUAAAUUAUUCAAAUUUGGCUCGUCAAGUUUGGUCGCAGCAAAAACUGCUUUCUGAUCGCCCUUUCGAAAUUCUAAUAGAGUACAAUAACAUAAUAAGACGAAGUGCCAACGUGAGACAGUUCUCAAGUGCAAUUCCUUUCAAUUAUUCCUUCGUGUAUCGACUUGUAGCGGACUUCUUAGAAGGAUUAGCUUCAUAAGCUAAAUAUUUAUGUGCAAAGUUAUGUUCGGACGUACCUCGGGGUUACAUAUAAUCGCAAAUUAUGCCAUAUUUAUUGACUUCUGUAUGAUUCUGUAAUUUGUCGUUGCUAGUUGUCUCCUUAACUUUGCACAGCUUUGUGUCAAUCUUGGCCAUCAACGCGAGACUAUAGAAGAUUAAUUACAGCGCCAUCUAACGGGCAUGAGACGAAAAUAUUAUUUUCUUAGAUCACAAUAUAUUGUAAGGUGAUAAAUAGGGGGCGUGGUAGUCGCGUUAGUAGACCGGUGGGGCGGUUGAGUUACAAAUUGAUAUUUUUUUACGAUCGUCAGCCGACCGUGGAGUGAGCCCUACCGCGGGCUACGACCGCCGGCGCCCGCCUGUGUUUGUUAUGUUUAAGAGGAUAUCUAUUGUCUAUUCCAAAGGUUGAAUAUCUACCUACACUUUUUAUAUUACAAUAAUUAUAGAGAUUAUUACUGAA